CAAAACAGACGUGCAAGGUAUCGCAGCAGAGAAAGCAGGAUGAUGGAAGAAAAAGGAAGAGAGAAUGGAGUGGCAGCCAUGAAAGCCUGCUACCGGAGAUUUGAUCCUGCUGCUUAUCUGCAGUACAACUACACUCCACCACGGGCUGACUUCACAAGAAAAGACAGUAUUGUGCCGUGGAAACUGGCAUGCCUGCACAGAGCUUUUACUGAAGGUGAUAUGAGUGGUGAGCUCCUCGUGGACAUAGGUUCAGGUCCCACCUUGUACCAGGUGAUGAGUGGCUGUGAGGUUUUUAGUAAAGUGCUCCUGACAGACUUCCUGGAGGUGAACCGGCAGGAGCUGAGGCGCUGGCUGCAGGAUGAGGGACAAUGCAGUCUUGACUGGACACCAUACCUACAGCACGUCUGCAAACUGGAGGGACGACGGCCCUCAGCGUGGACUGAGAAAGCUGCAAAGCUACGUCAGGUCGUCGCGGACAUCCUCCCCAUUGACGUGCACUGCUCUCAGCCCCUGGCUCCUGAUGCCCUUCCUUCGGCAGGGGCCGACUGUCUGGUGUCCUGCUUCUGCCUGGAGAGUGUCAGCCCUGACCUCGCUGCCUUCACCAGGGCCCUUGGCCACAUUGGGAAGCUCCUGCGCCCUGGUGGGCACCUCAUGCUCAUCGGAGCCCUCGGGGAGAGUUAUUAUUUUGCGGGGCCUGGGGUGAGGAUCCCAGUGGUCCCGCUGAAUGAGGCCCAGGUCUGUACUAGUUUGAAGGAGAGUGGAUACACUCUGAUCCGACUCGAGGUUUACACACUGACUCAGGAUAUGAGGGUGGGGGUUGAUGAUGUGACUGGAGUGUUUUUUGUAAAGGCAAAGAAGGAUUAACAAGGGAGAAAGUAAACAAGUGAGAGAAAAGCAAAGAAGGCAGAUAAAAAAAAAUCUCAAAGAAGAAAUUAAAUAAGUCACUAUUCAGACUGAAAUAAUAUAGAUUAAGCCUGGGUAAAUGUGUCAGCCCUGACCUCGCUGGGUAAAUGUGUAGCAGUUAUUUAGAAAGUGGAUUGCUGAUAAUGCUGAGAAUAAAAUGCACACAUAUUUCUGUUUUGAGUUAGAGCCUGUGCUUUAGUCAUUUUAAGGUAUUCCAGUUUCCACACAAAUGACAUGUUUCACUUUAUUCCACUGCAUUUUCAUCAUGUUACUCUGGACCUCUGCCUGUCUUUCUAAGAGGGAAAGUAAAUGAGAGACUAUUUUGCUGCAGAAGCACUUAUUGGUUUAGUAAAGGCAGCCACCUCCUGCAGUUCCUACAGCAUCAAGAAUGUAAACAUUAGUACUACAGUAGGCAUAUCACAUAAAAUCCCCACAGGAAUUACCCAGCUGUAUGUAAACAGCAUGUGCUUAUCUUCGUUCAGCUGCUAAUUACUCAAAAGGUUGAGAUGAUUUUUGAU